AUGAUCCGUGAGGGUGUUGCCACUUCCAUCGUUUCACUUUUGAGACAUGAGGAGACCACCCUUGACAUGCGCUGCAAUUCUACUUUUGCCAUUGCGGAGUUGGCUGUGCUCGAGGCGUGUGAGGACGAGCUUGUGGCCGCUGGCACUGUUCCUGUUCUCGUGAGGCUCAUCAACCUCGCCAAAUCAUCCGACCGUUCGACGCUAGGCAGUGCUUGUCGCGGUCUCCGUAACCUUCUCGGAGGGAAAGAGACGACUGCUGUUCUUGCCGCCAAAUACGGAUGUGUUGAGCCCCUUCUUGCCAUUAUUGACGGGAGAGUAGGGCGUGGCGAGGAGGCAGAGGUCAUAGUAGAAGCUGCGGCAGCCAUUUCAAACCUUUCCCAUCACGGCAUUCGUUUUCAGAGCUAUGUCAUUAAGCACGGCGGCUUGAAAGCAUUGGCGGCCCUUGGCGCCACCACUGAGAACGAAGAAGCUAUGUUUCAAGUCGUGAAUUUGUUGGCCGAGUUCGCUCUGGAGGUCAGAUGGCACAAAGCGAUUGUCUCUGCCAAUGGAUUGCAAACCGCUUUUCGAGCACUGCGCCUUGCCCGAGAUCCGGAAGUAGUUGCGGAAGCUUCUCGCCUUAUCGGUAAUGUUGCGUCAACGCAGAAAGCCCGGUCGGCCGUUCGGGAAGCUGGCGGGCUGGUACCGCUUAUAGAUAGACUCAGCAAAUGCAAGUCCUUCAAAGAAUUUGUUCCCGCCUUCGAUAUUGUAAGAGCGUUGGCCAAUGUAUGCGGUGAUGGGCGUGCAGCGUCUGACGCGUUGAGCCUGAAAGAUGGAGCAGCAGUUAUACUGCGAGUAUAUAACGCGCAGGAUGCUCCAGAAAGGCUUAUCAAGACUGCGUUCCGUGCACUACAAGUGCUGGCUCAGGGCAGCGCGACGAGAAGGGCGAAAGUUUUGUACGCAGUGGGAAUUCAAGUCAAGCAAGCUGCCCUAGCCGGCCAUCCUGUCAAGAGGCUGUACGAUCUUCGUCAAGCCAUCCUGGAGGACAUCGAAACAGGGGAUCGCAAUGCAACGGCUGCGAUGCCGGAAAGUCUAGAGCGUCUUUCUCGGGCAUCUGUGCGGCUCAUCAAUUCGGGUGUUACGAAUCAUGGUAGACCAAAUCUGCAGUACUCUCGAAGAGACUCCGGUGUCAAGGACGCGUCUCAUCCCCAGGGAAGAUCGCAGAGAGCUGCACCCCAGCAAACUGCGCCCCGAGGUCAGCGAAUUACAGACCAGCAGCGACCCUAUGUUCCACGCUCCCCUAUGAAAGCAGAGUAUCUUGCCCGAAAAUCUCAGUACGAAGCCAAUAAGUUCAGGUCGACAGGUCGCGUUGUCUCAGUAACUCGGAACUGUCGGCCGCGGCAACAACCCUCGGGUAUGAAGCAGUUGGCAGAAGGCCGAGCGGCCGCUGACGUUGAGGAUUAUGAUGCAUUACCCCGAGGCAAUGAAGAAGAGUUGGCUAGCGAUGCUGACUUGAGAGAGAGGAUGCUUGCCCGGGAAGCAGAUGGAAACAUGGUCCAAGACUUUUUUGAGAUAGGACAGGUUCUAGGGAAAGGCGGGUAUGGAUCUGUAUUCAUGGCGAAAGACAUAAGAUCAAGUGACAUUGUCGCCAUCAAGCGGUUCCACAACAGUGGUGCGAUGGUAGACAAGAAGGCUGUAAAAGAGCAAAAUAUUUGGAAGGGGCUUCAUCAUCCAAAUGUUGUAGAGUUCAAGGGCAGCUUUGUAGGUGACAAUGGAUCCCUCAAUCUUGUUGUCGAAUAUGUGGAUGGACUCAGCCUUGCGGAGCACUUAUCUCAGUACUCUGCUUUUCCGGAAACUCUCGUUGCUGAGAUUGCUAGACAAGUGUUAAGCGGACUGGAAUAUCUUCAUUCUAACAAGGUUACACACAGAGACCUGAAGCCCGCCAAUAUUCUUGUCGACAGCAGUGCCGCAGUGAAGAUUUGCGAUUUUGGCGUUAGUAGAUCUGAGAAUGUACAGACUAUUAACCCUGGACAACAACAUAUGGUCGGAACACCCUGGUAUAUAGCCCCAGAGAUGGUUGAGUAUCGGCCAUAUACAACAAGUGUGGAUAUUUGGAGCUUGGGGUGCACCGUUCUGGAGCUCGCAACCGGUCGCAGGCCAUACCACGAACUGAGUGCUAUGCAGGUUUUGUUCAGGAUGGUAGAGGAUCGUUGUCCUCCAAUUCCAUCCCAUCUAAGCACAGAAGCGAAGGAUUUUCUAACAGCAUGUUGGAUUUGGGAUCCUCAAGAGCGACCGUCAGCUCGCGAUUUGCUCCGGCACCCGUUUAUUUUGAAAGCGCGGAAGUUUAGUGAUUCCUCGAAGCAGUCAUCUGCAACGAGUACGCCGGAGAACUUGGUGCUGUCUUGA